AUGCGAUCGCUCCAGGUACAUUCUGGAUCUUGUAGCAGUUUGAUAUGGACAGUGACUAUCUGGAGGAAGGUUAACACCAUUAAGUCCCUUAUCAACGGUAAUGGGGAAGUUAAAUCAACGCUGGAGGAGAUGUGUAAUAUUGUGCAUGACUAUUUUUCUGAACUUUUUCAGAAGAAGCCAAGCUCUCGAGAUAGAGUUUUACAGGCCAUUAGUACCUCAACCUCCGAUGAGAACAAUAAUAUGUUGACAAUGCCCUUUAUCUUUGAGGAGUUCAAAGAAGCUAUAUUUUCCAUGAAUGGUGACAAGAGUCCUGGUCCCGACGGCUAUAAUCCUAAUUUUUAUAAGCAUUUUUGGGAUUUAUGUGGUAAUGAGAUUUAUCAUGGGAGUUGUUUUUGGUUAGAAAGUGGAAGUUUUCCUCCAAAUCUCAAUAUGACGAACUGUUCUGGACUGGGCCCGGCUGGCCCAAAAGCAAUGGUAAAGGCCCAGUCCAAACGGUCUUGCGAAGGGUCACGCCGAUCAAAAGAAGGUCUGUCAGCUCUCAUAAAAAAGUCGGAAGCCAGAGGAGAUGUUCAUGGAGUAAAGAUUUGUAAGAAUUCCCCUAUAAUAUCACAUUUACUCUUUGCUGAUGACUGUUUUCUAUUUUUCAAAGUUAAUUCCAACGAAGCUACUGAGAUGAAGAAUAUCCUAUCCACCUAUGAAGAAGCUUCCGAUCAAGCUAUCAAUUUGCAAAAGUCUGAGUUCUUCUGUAGUAGGAAUGUUACUCCGGAAAAUAAGAAUUCUUUAGCCGAUAUCCUCGGGAUCAACAAGUUUUAG